AUGCAGUCCAAUGAAAGCAGUAAAUCAUCUCGUCAUACUCGUUCGCUUCUUCGACAUGGAUCUUUAAGACAUUCUUCGCAUGAUGUGAACUCAAAAACACAUACAGAUUCUGUUGAGUCGAGUAACUUACCGCCACCCCCUCCACCACCACCUCGAUAUCCUUUAAAGAGUGAUGGAUUUUCACCACAAACUGGAUAUAUAAUAUCUGAUGCCUCCAGCGAGCAAACACCGAAAUCUCCACCUAGAACUUCUUCUUUAAGACCUAGGGGAAUUCCACUGAGACGUGAGAGCGUUGUGCAAGCUGUUAAAUAUGGAUCAAGUGAAUGCCAAAGCCUCAAAAAACCUCAAAUCAGUUCAUCAUCUAGCAAUAAUGAGAGCUCUGAUAAACAAUUCCCGGUUGUAGAUCGUCCUGCCCGACCAUUCACAUUGCCUACUACUACUAAUACUAGUACAGCAACUACCACUACUCCUUCAGCUAGUAGUAGUAAUGAAAAGCUAUCGGUUAGUAUUGCGAUUACAAAAUAUAAAGUUGAUAGUUUAUGUCAAACAGAUCCUAGAAGUACACCAUUAUUGUCACGUCUACUAGCUCCUGGUUUUGCUACAUCAGUAGUCAGUUCAACGAAUAACACAAACUCAAGUCAACGAAAAGGGAAUAAUCAGAGCUAUGAGUCAUCAGAGGGUGAUCGGAGCCCAGUCCCAAGUUCUUCCAGUGCUCAAGGCUUUUUAACUGAAGUGAAUAGACAGGAAGUAGGAUUAAAAGAUCGUAUACUUUCUCAAGAUGUGGCGAGUUCUGACAAAUAUCAGAAGAAGGACAGUGAGAAUGUCUCAUGGAAUUUACCAUCUUCGUCAACACAUGUACAGUCAACUAGUCGUGAAUGGCGUGAACUGUCUGAUUGGUCUGGUAAACGAGAGACAAUUGUACAAUCUAAAAGUCGUUCACCUAACUUUCAACCAUCUCCUGAUAGCCAGUGCUGGCGUACAGUAACAUCUGUACAGAUAAAAAAUGAAAAUAUGCUUCCAGAACAGUCAUCUUCGAACACUUGUUCAUCAGGCACACAAGAUGAAAUGGAGUCCAGUGUUGGUUCACCAGGAAUUUUCAAUCGGAAUCAGUGUGAUGUUGAGUCUAAUAAUCAUGCAAAAAUGUUUGGCAAAGGUGGAGGAUUUUUAACAAAUGCUUCUAGUUCCGGUGACCUAGACGAUGGCGGAGUUGAUGAUGAUCAUGCUAUCCACCAGACGCUUCCAAAUGAAGAUAUUGAAUCAAAUACACAUAGCGAUGACCACGAUGAUAAUGAUGAUGAGGAUGUCGAGGAUAAUAUUGAUAAUACUGAUCAUGAUACAACUCUCCCUAGGGAUAAUGAAGAAACUGUGACUAUUCCUUUGAAUCACAAUAAUUGUAAUGAUGAUAACAACAAUUCAGUGACAAUGAUGAUGAUGAUACAUCGCACCUCACAUUCCUACGUUAAUGAAUCUGAAGAGUUGUUCGCAGUGCACGAACAACAAGAGAGACAACGCCAACAACAACAGGAGAAGGUUGACUAUCAUCAUCAUCACCAUCAGCAGCAACAACAACUGGAUUCAAAACCUUCACACCUGGUGUCACCUAAUGCUCUACAAGAACCGUGUGAUUUUGAAGAAGGCUAUCCUGAGUAUCGUAAGCGAAUUAGACAUUUUUCAGUCUACACAUUUAUUGUUGAAGAUUGA